GUUGGCGUCUUUUGCUUUUUUAUAUUUAAUAAGAAAUAAGAUAAUGUAGUGGAAGAGCAUCGUAAAUUUGGGCUAAAAAAUUAUUUUAUAGUUCUGUGAAUAAAACUUUAUCUAUAAACGUUAUAUUUUGAAUUUUAAGUAUUCUGAAUAUUAAGAACAGUUAUUUUGGAAUUGGAUUUAAUGAAAAUGAGUUCAACGAAAGCUGCUCUUAUAAAGCUGAAAAGUGGACGCUUCUUUGCUAUAGCAGCAAAGUUUGUAAAGAUCAAGCGGCCUGGCUGGGGAUCAUUUAAAUUGAAGAAUGCAAAACGUCCUACUGACUGCGAGAUCAUUGGAUUUAAUGAAAAUAAAUCUAUUUUUUCUAGUAUAGCAGAAAACUUAAAUGCUAAUUUACCACAAGUUGAGAUAGAAUUAAAUGCUUCUCUGAAAAGCACUAUGCUCUCUACUUCUAUUAUUAGCCUCAAUAAAGAAAAUAUAAUUCAUAAGGAAUUAAACGAUAGCCAAAAUAAGAAUUUACAAUUAAGUGAUAAAAGAUAUGUUGAAGAAGACGAAAAUUCUUCAAUUUUGUCCUCAAAAAAUGAUGACAUUUUUAGAAAAUUGAAUAUCACACACUCAUCAAAUAGAACAAUUAAUAGUAGUUCUCCUACUUCAUGUAAAAGUCAAAUAGAUCAAGGUAUACUUUUGCCUCACAUGGAAGCUACUUCUAUUGAAUGUGAAGAUGUUUUUAAACACUUUGAAGUGUUUACUGAUUUUAAUGCCGAAGAGAUUUCAUACAGUGAAAAUAUGUUAGAUUGGAGACCAGGUGAGAAUGGAAAAUCACAAAAUGAUAUAAUGGAUAGAAGUGAAGAUUUAAAUUUUGAUACGAAUGAAAUCUUGAAUUUUAAUAAUCAACAUUCAGUUGAAUUGAUAACAGGAGAAAUAGAUCUUGCAAAGAAAAAUACCACUCAAAUAGAAGAGGAUCUUAUUAAUCAAAAACGAGAUUGUAAUCAAAACUUAACAAAUAAAACUGAGAAUGAACAAAAAUCAACAUCUACUGGAAAAUCAAAAACCAAAUCCAAGCAAAUAGUUAUUUUAUCAAGUGAGGAUAUAAUUCAUAUAAAAAAGACUGUUUCUGAUCUAAACAAACCUGGAACUCCACAAGCUCAGAAUAAAAUUUUUUUUGUCAAUAGACCUACCAUUGAUAAAAAACGUACAGGAAAAUUUCAUUAUUGUAUUUUUUGCAAAAAGAAAAUUGUUGAUCAAAUACAUCGACAUAUGACCAAAGUUCAUGCAGGAGAAGAAGUGUUUAAAGAAGCUAAAGCUAGGGGAAAGACAGUCUUUAAGUGUACUGUCGAAUAUCAUAUUAAUUAUGGAAAUUAUUACUAUAAUUAUUACAUGAAAACAGAUGAUGAAGAAAUGAUUGUGGGGCGAAGACCUAAUAAAUAUAGAAUUAUUAAAUGUAAGCAAUUAGAGUCAGGUGAAUUAAAGUGGCCUGAAGACAUAACUGAUUGUAAAAUGGGUAUGGAUGAAAAAACUAAAUUACCAGUAGCAUAUAAAACAAAUUUGCCAAAUUUAACUGGCGAAAAUUUUGUACCAUGCAAAGAUUGUUUCAAAGUAAUAAGGCGAAAUUUAAUGAAAAGGCACAAAUGCAACUUACAAAAUGUGGUAAGAGCUCCUAAUGCAAAAGAUUUACUACCGAUGUGCCAACGAUUGAUUCCUGAUGUGCACCCUCUUGCAACGAAAAGAGCACGUGACCUUAUAUUUUCAAAUAUGAUUUUGGGCGAAGUACGAGAUGUAGCAGUCUCUGAUGCAUUAAUUGUGCAAUAUGUUAACGACUGCGUUGAUCAUUACAGCCAUGAUCAAAAUUACAGUAUGAUAAGUCAUCAUGCUCGUGUAUUAGCAACUCUAUUUCAGACAGUUCAAUCCAAUACUAACCCAGUGCAUAAGGAAAUAGUCAAAAAUAUUACAGAAUUCAAAGAUAUUAUUCAUCCCACUGUAGUUCCAGUACUACAAGAAAGUAUAUAUCAAUUAUCCGAAAUGAAUGAAGAAUCUGGUAUGAUCCAAAAAUUUAACAAACCUAAAGAUAUUAGUAAUAUUAUCAACAAAUUCUUAGAAUUUUAUUUGCCUUUUUGUAUUGAAAACGCUUGGGAGACACGAAGAGAAAAUGCCAUAAAAUUUGAAAAAUUAAUCAAAAGUAAGAGUAAAAGAUUAAACAAGAAAAGUCGAGAUAUGCAAUUAAAAAUAGAAAAAAAAGCUCCACCCAAAAAAAUGCCGAACGUAAAAAAUAUAAAAGAAUUUUGCGAGUUUGUGGAACAGUCAUGGCUAAAUGCUUUUAAUAAUAUGAAAAACGGUUUUGAUAUAACUGUAUGGAAAGAACUUAAUAACACAACAGCCUUGCUAUUAAUGCUUUUUAAUAGGAAACGCCAAGGAGAGCUGUCAAGAUUAGAAUUAGAUGACAUAAAUGGAGCUUUUAAAAUCCUUGAUGAUUGCAACGAUCCACGUUAUCUUGAAUUAUCUGAUGAUUGUAAAGUAGCUCUUAAAGACUACUAUAGGCUAAAAAUAACAAAUAAAAAAGCGUUACGUACUGUUGGUCUUAUAGUUCAUAAAAAUUUAAUGGACAGCAUAAAUUUAUUACUGCAGUAUAGAACUAAAGCUGGUAUAGAUGAGAAGAAUAUCUACGUUUUUGCUAAAAGGCGUAAUAAUACCAUGAGACAUGGCUAUAUAAUUUUAUCAGAUGUUUUGAGGCAUUAUGCUAAUAUUUCUGGUGUGGAGGAUUGUGAAACAAUUCGUGGAACUGCUUUACGUAAGCAUAUUGCCACAAUGAUGCAUGGACUUAGACUAGAAGAAGGAAAAUUAAUGCAGUUGGCCAAUUUUUUGGGCCAUAGUUAUGAUAUCCAUAAAUCUAUAUACCGUCAAGAAGUUCAUUUGAGUGAACUGUUAACGUUACCUAUCAUGUUAAACAAAGCCCAAGGUAAAGAAUUAAAAUCUAUUGAGAACGUUAGAAGUCCAUCUACCUCAAAUAACAAAACAGACAAUAGUGAUGUAUCAUAUGAUCCAUGUCAGGACACAGAAGAAUAAUCAAAUUUGAUUCUUCUUCAUUAUUUUAAAAAUAUAUAUGCAUUUAACAAUGAUAUUUUAACUGUAAAAAUUAUGUACUAACAAUAUAUAGUUCUCCUUAAUUAAUUUCCUUGAAACCUUGAACCUGACUGUACAACAUGCUUCUAAAUGCUUAAAUGCUUUAUGUGAUUGUCUUAAGCUUUAUAUUUUUGACAAUACUGUUACUAGCCUCCUGCAGCAGAUAUCAAAUAAGAAGAUAUUGUUCUUGAUGAAAUAUUGGUGUUGAGUCUUAGUUACCACCUCAGAUAGGUAUGAAUUUAAAGAUAUUUUAAGAGUGACAUUUAAGGUAAUGGAUAAAUUUUUCCCUUGAAUAUAAUUAUGACAGGUUGCUAAUUAUAAUAAGUUUAGUUAAACUGAUAUAUUCAUGAUGAACUUUUGAAAAUAAAUCAUAUUGUCAUUGCAAUAUAUUUAUUAAUAGUUAAAUCACGCCAUUUUACAAUAAAUUAAUUUUCAAUAAAAUAUUCAGAGAAAUCUUCUUAAUAUUAAAUUUUAUUUCUUAUGUUUUUAUAGAAGUCACUGUUCAGAUAACUAUUGAUUUUUAAAUUGAUUAAUUAAGUACACAAAAUUAUUGAAUUUCAAGAUUUAUGUAAAUAUUAUUUGAAAAAUAACUCAUUCUCUUUUUAACUAAUAUACAAGCCAAAUUUUAGUAAUAAAAAAAAGUUACAAUGUAUAUUAUUUGUUAAUAUUUUAGUAUAUUUCUUAUAUUUGUAUAUUUCUUGAAUAAGCAGUUCCUUGGAUUUCUAUUUCUUCUUGUUGCGUUUGAUAAUUUGCCCUUACAUGUGAACUUUAUGUUGCUUUUGUAACUAACAUGCUAAAAGAUUACGUAACAACUUUAAAUUACUUCAUUCAAUAAUUUUAAUUAAAUUGGUAUUUAUCUAAUUUUCAAAUAUGUACUUGUAAAUAUAUUCCAGAUUCUAUAAACUCACAAUUGAGUGAAAAUGAAGAAAACAUUGAAAAAGUUUUACCUAGAAAAAGUUUCCUGUCAAUAAAAGUAGCUGAGAAAGCAAAAAAAAAAGCUGAAAAGAAAGCCAUAGGAAUAAAACGACCAUA